AUGGCCACCCUUGCCUUUGAGCCACCAAGUUCUGUGUCUACCACAUACCUGAUGAAAGUGCAUUCUACCUCUUCGUCCAGCCAGCAAGCUCCAAACUACAGGAGAAAACUGCCUUCAACUACGCCAAAGGCGCCCAGGCAGUGCCCAUCCGCCCGUGACUUCACACCCUCCGCGCACCACCACCCUCAAAGGCACACAGGUCCAACGACACCUUCUCCCUCCAACACCGGGGUCCGUACCUCCCAUCACUCCACCCCGUCGGUAAACACCGGGCCCCGCCAGCCCCCGGCCCGCCACUCCCCCAGCCCCAGCCAAUACACGUGCACGGGCCCAGCCCGCCGGCCGUCCCCUAACCCCGCUCCGCACGCAGCUACCGGCACGCCGGCCACCUUCGACCCCUUCCCCGCCCCACCGGCUUCCCCACCCCAUACGCAGCGGCCGGCGUGCGGAGCCGGGGCGGUCAGCCCCCCCCGCCACCGCCCCGGCUCGACCCACCGAGGCUCACUGAGAGGGCGGGCCCGCCGGUCCCCAGCCCCGGCUACAUCGCUGGGCUUGGCUUCAUCACCGCUUCCUCGCCUAUCCUCUCCCGUGCGCCUGUCCCGGCUUUCCCACCGGGAGACCGUAUCGGUGCGGCCCCCGGCCCGCUUUUCUGCCCCGACGGCAAGAGGCGGAGGCCGGGCCUGCGCGGCGUCCGCCCGCUCCCCGGGGACGCGCACAGAGCGGGCCCUGCUCGCCGCCCCUCCGUGCCAGCCCCCGCUUCGCACCGCAGGCGCGCAGGCCCUGCCGCUCGGUAACACGCACGCCCAGGCCUGGCCCGGCCUCUCGGCCCUUUAUCCCUCUACGCCCGCCUCGGCCCGAACCAGCGCGGACACGACCCGCUCACCCGCGCCCCACGGCCGGCCCUGA